AUGCCCGCGGGGGAGCCGGAGGAGGGCGGGGGAAUGGCGGGAGGGCGGAGGGCAGGAGGAGGAGGAGGUGGAGGUGGAGGCGGAGGCAGCAGCGCAUCACCCGGGGGGGUGUCGGUGAAGAUGUCGCUUCGCCGCGCCUACUCCAUCAAGGACAAGCUCCAGGCCAUCGAAAGGGUGAAGAAGGGCGAGCGCCAGGCGUCAGUGUGCCGGGCCUUCGGGGUGCCGGGGGGCACACUCCGGGGAUGGCUGAAGGAUGAGGCGAAGCUCCGCUGGUUUCUGGAGCAGCUCGGCGGUGAGGUGGGCACCCAGCGCAAGAAGAUGCGCUUGGCCAACGAGGAGGAGAUUGACCGUGCUGUCUACGCCUGGUUCCUCGCCCUUCGCCAGCACGGCGUGCCGCUCUCCGGGCCCCUCAUCCAGGCGCAGGCUGAAGCCUUCGCCCGGCAGAUCUACGGGCCUGAAUGCACCUUCAAGGCAAGCCAUGGCUGGUUCUGGCGCUGGCAGAAGCGCCACGGCAUCUCCAGUCAACGCAUCUAUGGUGAGGGUGGCAUCUCCGCCGAGCCUGAACGUGCUCCGGCCACCCGCUCCGAGAUCUUGCCCGAUGCCGGCGGCUACGGGGAUGAGCAGAUCUACAAUGCCAACAUCACCAGGCUCUUCUGGAAGCUGCUUCCUGGUGCUGGAAUCACGGCAAGGCGUCCGGCCCGCAGCGAGCGCGUCACAGUGCUGCUGGCCGCCAACUUGACCGGCUCCCACAAACUCAAGCCCUUGGUGGUUGGGGGUCUCCGUGAUCCCGCCAGCCUCCGGCAUCACAACCAGGAGAAAUUCCCAGCUUGCUACCGCUACAGCCCUGAGGCCCGGCUGGCGCCAGCGCUUCUACAGGCUUGGUUCUUUGAGGACUUUGUGCCGGGGGUCAAACGGUACCUGCGGCGGAGCUGCCUGCAGCAGAAAGCCGUGCUGCUGCUCAGCUCCACUCCAUCCCGCUCUGGAUCAGGAGCUGAGGAUUCCCCACCACUCCAGACACCAGAUGGGUCCAUCCGCGCGCUCUUCCUCUCCAAGGGUCCUUCCGGGAGCGGCUUGGCAGGAGCAGGAGGCCGAAUCCCUGCGCCGCUGGAGCAAGGGGUGGUGUCAGCCUUCAAGCAGUUCUACAAACGGGAAUUGCUGCGCUUGGCUGUGUCCUGUGGUGGCCCUGGCAGUCCUGCAGACUUCGUGAGGUCCUUCCUCCUCAAGGACAUGUUGUACCUGGCUGGCCUCUCCUGGGAUCUCAUCCCGCCCGGAUCCAUCGAGAAGUGCUGGCUGCUGGGGCUGCGUGCUGCCUUUGAGCCACAGCCCGGCGAGGAAGAGCAUGGGGACACCCCAGGAGGGGAGGAAGGCGGAGGGGACAGCAAGAUCUUCAGCGACCUGACCCACCUGGCCGCCUUGGCCUUCAAGCGCUUGGCUCCUGAGGAAGUGUCCGACUGGUUGCACUUGGAUGAUGCAGCUCCGGGUGUGGAGGAGGAUGAUGAUGGCGAGGAGUACAUUGAGGAGGAAGGCACUGAGGGCUGCGGGGCUGAGGAGGAUGAGGAGGAAGAAGCAGCUGGUGGCAAAAGGGGUGGAGAAGGAGGAGAUCCUUUGCUGCCCACAGCUCGGGAAGCCAUCCAGGGUCUGGAGACGGCGCUGCGCUGGCUGGAGGGACAGGACCCCCGGGAAGUGGGGCCGCUGAAGCUGGUGCAGCUCCGCUCCCUCAUCUCCAUGGCGCAGCGGCUGCACCGCGGCCGCAGCCCCCAAUCCUAG